AGGAAUCAUUCUGAGAACGGCAGGAUUUGCAGUUCGUCCCCAUCUCACAGGUAUGAGAAUCAUUCCUGUAUUGGAUGAUCACACCUUCUGUUCUUCCUCAGCAGUGGAAAACCGGGUAAAGACAGGAGCCCAAUAGGCCUAGCCCGCUCCAAAAUCGCGCAAGGUGAAAAGAACCGACGGGAAUCGCCCAAACCUUAUCCUCUCUCCUCCAAAAACUCACGGCCGCAUCUCGCACCCCGCGGGCGCCGCCGCCGCCGCCUCCUCCUCCUACGUCCUUCACCAGCUGGCUCAGCAUCUCAGCCAUCGCCGCUGCUCUCCUUCAUCUCGCCCCUCGUUGCUACCAUGUCCUCCCUCGAGAUCCAAUCACGCCGCCUCGUGCCGCGUCGGCGCCGGCCAAGCGGGAGGCGGAUGCGGCGUUGCCGGCGGUCAGCCUGACACUUUUAUCUCUCUUUCAUCAGAAGUAAGCUAGACGAGCAUGCAUGCCAUGAAAUGGCUGGAGGGCUUGUUGUGCACCUGUGGAACGCGUGGGCAAUCCAAAUACUCGUCCUCCUCAGCUUCGCCCUGCAGGUUUCGCUCCUCGUCUGCGCUGGUAUCCGUCGGCGUCAGGCCUCCUCUGCGCUGAGGCUCCUCAUAUGGCUGCUCUACCUCGUGGCCGACUCCACGGCAAUAUACACUCUCGGCCACCUAUCCGUCACCAGCAGCCGCAGCUCACAGCAGGAGCAGCACCAGCUGGCGGCGUUCUGGGCACCGUUCCUUCUGCUCCACCUCGGCGGCCAGGAUAGCAUCACCGCCUACGCAUUCGAGGACAACCGGCUGUGGCUACGGCACCUGCUCACUCUUCUCGUGCAGGCACUGGCAGCUGCUUUCGUUAUCUACAAGUACGUGGCCGCCGACACUGCAGCAGGGGCUGGCACGACGGCGACGACGACCUUGCUGCUUGCGGACAUCUUGGUGUUCAUCGUUGGUGUCCUCAAGUACGGCGAGAGGACAUGGGCGCUCAAGUGUGGCAACAUGGCUGACAUCGAGAGCACGGUCUUGAGCUCGAGGCAUCAUACAUACAAAUCCUUCUUCUCCAAGGACCUGCGCUUCCCGUUCCCGAGAGGGACAACAGUGGCGAAUAGUACUCACGAUGACGACGACGAGGAAUUCCUGCUUGCAGCUCACUGCCUCCUCCACAUGUGCAAGAGCCUUUUUGCCGGUGUUCUUGUUACCACGACUUCGUUUCAGCUGGCCACCAUAGCUCUUCACACGCAUAGCUUCAAGGCCGACCUGUUCAAGCUGGUAGAGCUGGAGCUGUCCCUGAUGUACGACAUCAUCUACACAAAGGCUUCCGUGAUCCACACAUGGUAUGGCUAUUGCAUCCGGUUUGCCUCGCUUCUCGCAACCCUCUCUGCAUUCCUGCUGUUUCAGUUCAGCAGCACCCACGGCUACGGUGCAGCUGACGUCGCCAUCACUUAUAUUCUGUUGGUUGGGGCCUUGGUGCUGGAGAUCGUAUCAGUGUGCAGGGCUGUAGGGUCAACCUGGAUGUGUGCUUUGUUGUACUGCCUGGACUGGGGGCAGCCUCUGAGUUUGCUGAAAUCUCUUCGCCGGCACGUCAGAGCAGCAAGAAAGAGGAGGUGGUCGGGCUCCAUUGGUCAGUUCAAUAUCUUCGACGUGUGCACCCGUGACACCGCCAAGAUAGCCAGCAGAGUGGCAUCGAAGAUGGGGUUGAAGCACUGGUGGAACAAAGUGCAUUUCUCAGGCACCGUCACUUUGACAGCAAGUCUCAAGGACCUGCUGCUGGAAACUUUGCCAAGAAUAGACGUCAAAAAAUCAAGAGGCGUGCGGAUGCUGAGGAGCAGGGGGUUAAGCAAGACCCUUCCUAAAUGGAGUAGCUGGACUGCUAACGCGGACUUCGAAAAGAGCAUCCUUGUCUGGCACAUUGCAACUCAAGUUUACCUAUGGGAAUCGUCCAAGUUUGACGACCAACAUUCCACAGAAGAAGCCAGAAAUAGACAGCAGCAGCUUGCUGAGGCAAUCAAGAUGGCAUCCGACUACAUGAUGUUCCUGCUGGUGGCCAAACCAGACAUGUUGCCUAGCACCGCUCGCGCUGCCCAUAUUUGCAAUAGCGAGUAUGUCCAUAGCUGCAAGCUGUUGGAGCAUCUCUACUCAACUAAUCACUACCAUGGCUCCUCCAUCUCACAACAAACACAGGGGACUGCGCAGAGGAUUCUUGGCAAUUUCCGCAGCAUUCCAAAUCGAGAGAGCCUCGUCACUGAAAUGAUGUCCUUCACCGGACAUAUCGAUGGAUCUGCUUGUUAUUGCGGUCUUACACUUGCCGAGGAGCUUCUCCGGAUGGAAUCCAGCGCACCUGACUUGUUGGAGAUGGUGUUUGAAGUGUGGCUGCAGUUGUUGUGCCAUGCUGCCCACCAGUGUGCCCGAGAUUCGCAUCCCAGGCAGCUCAACACUGGCGGUGAGUUCAUUACGAUCGUGUGGCUUCUGACCCACCAUAUGGAGACAUUAGGCAAGACGGAGGGACAAAACCGUACGAUGAGCCUCGACGUUACCGGCCCGGUUCGUCUAAAUGACCAUUUAGCACGUGUAAACACUAUUUGAACGCUACAUAAUGGUUGCCGUUCUAUUUAAUCGUAUGUUUAUCCCAUUUAAAUGGUGAGGUAUAAUGUCAAAGUAUAUUUCAUAAUGAAUCUAAUUAUUAUAA